AUGGCAGACAGCUUUCACCGCCACAGCACCGCCUCGCCCCAAGAUGCUGAUGCUGUCUCGAGUCAUGAUGGAGCUGGCCCCUUCCACGUGAAUAUCACCAAUGCCACCCCGCAAACCAACUUGCCGUUGAGGCAGGCGUUCAGACAACCCAUCUGUGCGCCGGAACCAAAGAUCCAUGACAUCACAGAGAAAUUCUUGAAAGCUAGUAAUGCUCUGGAAGUCGGACAGCUUGUCAAAGAUGAUUACUUCACUCUUUUCGAGUCCAUUGGGGCUAUCGAGAUUUUGGAUCCCAAGAUGGACAGCGGCUUCCUGAAGCCUGGAGAAACGCUUGAGGACGACUACGACACAUCGAGAUCGCUACUACCAGAGGAGAUAAUUGGCAUCAUGGACCAACUACUCUGCUACGAGAUGGCGUGGCACACAGGUUAUCCUCUCUCCCAAACACUCUUCACAUCAGUCUACAUCGACAAGCUGUUAUGGCCUGAACCUAAGACCCUCGAGCAAUCCCAGUUCUUCCCGAAUGGUGAAAGCGCACAUGGACCUUCGGCGCAAUCAUUACUGCAAGUACUAAGAGCUUACUGUCUAGCACUCAUCAAAGGUUGCGAUUAUGUGAUACUGAAGAUCACUAGUCGAGAUUACUUCGAAGAGGAGGACUUCUGUACUCAGACUUAUAAUCGAGUGUUGUUUGUCAGUACGCCGAUGGACGUCUUCUUGAGGGAGCUCGACGCAGCUGUGGAGGUUAUGGAAGACACCAACUUCGAAAUAAAGGAUGCACUUCGGUCAGCCAUCAUUUCUAGACUGAAGUUCAGACAAGAUUUCCUCAGAGCUCUGGACUUGGACCAUCCGUUAGAGCACAUGUCGUCUUCGUGGUCACCAGUGCUUUCGGGCAUAACCACGAUCAAAGCUACACACCAGCUCGGGCAGUCCGUGCCCGGAGCCUUCAGUACGAAGAUGCAACGUAGACUCGCAUCGACGGUGCCGCCCCGGCCCAUCGUCGAGUUUGACUUUAAAGACGCACUGGACCUGUUGGAGCACAUCUGUGUUGAUUGCGAAGAAGCGACUCGGUUCAUCGAUCUUCCACAAGAUCCUCUGGAAUACCAAUCGUUUCUCUGGACCUUUGCGUCACGAUUGCCUGCACCACUGGUUUACUCAAGAUCGUAUCUUUCAACGCUGAUGUUCCAUCCAGAGAUCCUGAAUACAGCAGUAUCGUUACCAUUGGCGGACGUCAAGACGCUUGUCUUCCCAGCUUCGCUUGUACUAGAUCCCAUCAACUGGACACUACCUCCACCUCGAAACCCUCUUCUCCCCAAACCACCUCGACUACAACUGGCCAUGCUUAUUGACGAAUUUGUAGACCGCUCUGGACAACCGUAUCUCGACCUCUGGGUCGCACUGAGCCAGAACCGCUGCCGUCUCCGGCGCAUGCUCAGCCACGUAAUCACCGCCUGGGACCUCCUCCAAGCCGACGCCAGUCUCGUCGACACCGACCUCGCCUCCGCCGCCUCCGAACUCUCCAUCACUGACCAAAUCCUUGAAUUCUCCCUCUCGACAUGGGUCUACCACAAGAAGCUCUGGAUGAUCGAGAAAGUCAUCCUCCUCGGCUUCGAGCAGGACAUCUACCUCCCCGACGAGUUCUCAGGAAUGCACCUCUUCCUCUCGCUCAUUGUCACCCGCCGCCGUGAACUCCUCACCCGCAUCCAAACCCACCACCGCACACGGCACACACAACUCCUGCGCGAGCGGAAACUCCGGCUCGCUAACGAAGUCGCGGAAGCGGCGCCAUACCUCGACAGCUUGGCUGCCGAAGCGACAGGCACCGCAGCGCUGAGUCUCGCGUUGGCAAGGUUCUACAUGAUAGCAGCGUACUGCGGCCUCCUCCCCGUUCCCAAACGGCCAUUCAGCACGGAGAGCUUGCGUUACGAACUGCGCAUGAAACCAUUCCUUGCUGUCCAGCCACCCGAAGUCCCACCAUUCGAGGACUUCAAAGCACACACGCAGCCCUACGGCCCCUACACCUCGCCAGACCCUGGGUUCGCGGCUGAUUUGCGGAACGAGAGGAGUGAGUUGUGGGCGGAAGUCGAUGGGAAUGUGAAAGCGGCGAAGGAUGCGUUCACUGAGCUUAAGAGGCUCGGUGCAGGAGCUGCGAAGAGCCAGGGCGUGGAGAAGGCGUGGGGAAAGGAGGUACAGAACCUGUUGGCGAGUUGUGUUGCGCUUGGAGUUGCGAGUGCGGGGGUCAAGGACGCAGUUCGGAAAGCUGGGGACGCUGGAGAUCCGAAGGGAUUGGAUAUCAGGGCUGAGAUUCCGGACAGCGGGGCGAAGAAGAGGUAUGCGGAGGGGUGGAUCGUGGUCAAGAUCGUGAAGGAAGCAUGA